GGCCGAAAAGUUUGUAAACAAAGCAGCUGUCGACUACAAACGUGCUUCAUUUCUCACGAUGGCGGAAGCAGAUAAGCAGUUUCUUUUGCCACCGCCUAAAUUUAAGGACGAGGUAAAGAAAAGUCUCGACAGCUUUAGCCGUCACCUAAAUCCUCAUUUCUCAACACCGAGUGGAAUGCUGCUAACGCGCGACAAGCAGCCGCCUCCGAUGUACGGGCCACGUGGUUCUACCGUUCCACCGCGAUUCUUGGGCAAUCCACGGAAACGACCAGCAGAAGGAUCGCCUUCGAACCAUGGAAACAAUCGGCAAAUGCAACCGGGUGGAUUUCAAAGUAAUUACAAAGGAGGAAAACACAACCGUCCACCCCGACCGCCGAACAAUCAUGGAUUUGAUAAGGAGGUGAAGCCAGAAUUGUUAGUUUUGGAUUGGAAGCUGUGGUGCGAGAGAUGCGACAUUAAUUGCCGUUCGGAAGAAGAGUAUAGGCAACACCUGUCCAACCACACACCGUGUACCGUGCCGGGCUGUAAGUUUGUUGGACACCCGAUGAUCAUGAAGAGACACGAGCGCCAAACGCAUCGAGAUGAUGGUGGCUCGAAAGAACCUGCGGUGGGACCUUCAGCAGAAGAGAUUGAGCAAUGGAAAGAAGAACGCCGCAAACGGUACCCUACGAAACAGAACGUUAUUCUACGGCAGCAUGCACAGGAAGUGCGGUUCAAUCGCGGUGAACGUAUUGAGGAAAACAGGGAUCGUUUUCCGAAACGACCUUCAGCGACGAACGAUGAAGCUCGUGAGAACGGCCCAAGAAGAGACAACGGUCCUCCCACGGCCAGGUGGAAACGACCGAAGGGUAGAAAACGGACAUUGAGGCCAGCACCGGUGCCGGUGGUUGAGGAAUACCCGGGUAGAAUAUCAUUCAAAGGAACUUCAUUGUUAAAAGACUAUAAAGAUCCGCCCGUGAAUAGCUUGACAUUGCUUGGAGACUAUGGAUCAGGAAGUGAAAGUGGAUCAGACGACGAAGAACUAGCGAAUGAAGCGGUAGAGAAGCCAAAAGCAUCGAUCGAACAAACCAGCACCAAACAGUCGAUCGUGGAAUCAGAAAAUGUGCUUAGCGAAGGCGAAAUAGUAGGCAAUGAAAUAACUAACAAUGAAAUCAACUGUAACUUGGAUGGAUACACACGACCAGUAAUCGAAGUAGAAACUGAGCCAAUUUCUACAAAAACGGCAAACGUUCCCAACAAUACUGUGGAAAUUAUCGACGAAGCUAAUCAACAAAAACCGCAAAUAUGUGUUGCUACUGGAUCGUCAAAAAACACCAGCACGGAAGAAAACUCCUCUCAACAAAUAUCGAAAAAUAAUGUUCCUAAUGGACCAUCCACAAGUGUGUCAAGUUCUUCAGCAGGAAUACGACCGAAACAACAGAAUCCCAAACGUGGAAACACUUUCAAAGCUGAACUUGUGACGAAACGCAACAGACCUUUGCUGGACUAUUCGAAGCUUCGCCGAUCCAAUCAGAACACAAUGUUGGAGAAAUUGCUCGAUUCAGACAUCCGGCAUGAGCGGAACGUGUUGCUUCAGUGUGUACGACAUGUAAUAGUGAACAAAUUCUUCGGAGUAGGACAACCGAAAGAAAAAAAUGCGACGGCACCUGAUGUUAGUAAUGUUAGCCAAGAUGCCAAGGAAUGAAAUACAUGUUUUUUUUAUUGAAUAUUUA